UGAGCCGUAUUUUUUUUGUAUGUUUCUGCUACAAAAUUUAGCAUUUAUUUACAAAAUUUAAUAUAAAUAAAUUUAAAAUUAUUAUAAAAACAUCUAUUAUAUAAACAAUUAAUAAUGCCUAGUAAUUCUACAAAUAAAAAACGUUCAACUUCCAUCGAUUCGACUCAAAAAUGCCAACCCAAAGGAAGAAAAAGAAAAAGAUCUAUAUCCACCGACGAGGAAGAUGUUGAAUUAGAUGAAAGUGCAACUGCAAUAGAGAAAAAACUUCGAAGUGUUGCCAAAAUGAAUAAUCUAUCCCAGGUGGAGAUGAAAAAAUUGAUCAAGAAAUUAGUAGUCAAUGAUCACGUUUUGGCAUUUAUAACUCUCAAAGCUGAAGACGAGCUAGCUAGAGAGAAAGAAGAAGCUGAAAAAUCACAAACUGCUGCAGUUAUAGUCAAAGAUAUUGAUCCAUCAAUUCCAAAACUAACUCGUGCCAAAGCUCGUGAAUUGAAUAAGCCACCAAUGAUAGCUUUGCCUUCAUUGAUGGAACCACAGACAUCUGAAAUUGCAACACUUAUUCAGGAAGAUUUGCAUUCGGAUGAAGAAGAUGAAGAGUAUACAUUUAAAGAGGAAGAUUUUGCUUCUGAUGAAGAUCAAAAUCUGACUUCAUCGGAUAUGGAAUCUCAGCCUCGAACUCCAAUGACUCCACAUCAAUCUCAAGAAUUGAUGGAAUCUCCACAGAAGUUUUCUGCUGAUGGAGUUUUUAAGGUUCCUCGUGAGAUUGAGGGAGAAACUGUUGGUGAUGAAAUAAUCGCCACUCGAACUAGAUCAAAAUUUUGCCUUCAAAAGACGACAAUUGAAGAUCUUCAAUCAGAAUUUAUUCCACCUGAUGAUCAUCUGGAUGUGACGGAUACUGAAGUUUGUGGCAAUGAUCAAGAGUGGAUGGAGUUUCUUAAUACUUUUUCGAAACCUUUGAAUAACAGUUUUGUUGGAGAUGAUGAUGAUCCAGUCAAUGAUCCUGAAUAUGUAGCAGCUGAGAAAGUUCCAUUUGAUGCUGAAGAACUUCGAGAUGUGAACAUUUCGAAAAAAGAACUCACAGAGCUGGUAGCAGAACUCUUCGAAGGUCUUUUAAAUGAAGGUGUUUGCAUGGAAAGUAUUGAACUUGAGACUCCUAAAAAAUUUAUAGAAAAUAAUAAAUCGGCAUCAUCUAAGGAAGAAUCCCCAAAUAUUUCUAUGAAUGAAACCAAUCAUCAUUUAAGUCUAGUAAACACAACCCAGCCACAAAGUGCGCACAAUGCAACAAUCCCAGCUUCAUCAAACUUUACCCAGUUGCAAGAAUUUUCUUUUCAACCGGGUGUCAUGUCUACGCCUCAAGGACCUCCAAUCAGACCACGCACAAUAAAUAAUGAACUUUUUAUCAAAACACGUGAUGAUGAAAUUGAAAUAGCUUGUCCCGAAUUUACCUAUCCAACUGUCCCACCACCAAUUCCUGUUCAAAAUUCAUUCGAAAUAUCUUACACUGAUCCAACAGGUACAGCAGAAAAUCGUGUUGUUUUUAUUCCCAAAACAGAAGCAUUAGUAUCCGAAGUUAUUAAUCCUUGGCACCGUAAUAGAUAUGUUCCCACCCAACGACUCAUCAAAGAUGAAUAUGUACAAAAAUUUGAAAAACUGAAACACAUGAAAGCCCCGGAGGAACAUUUGACAAACGAGCCUACUGGAUUUACCAAUCAGCAGUAUCACAUUAUGCAACAACAGCUGCAAAUUCAUGUACAAUUUUGUGUGCAGAACUUUUUUCAAACGUAUUCUCAUCCAGAUUUGUGGAAGUGUGCAGCGCAACAGAAACAAAUGCUUAAAGAAUUAGAAGCAAAGGGAGAAGAGAAUGCCACAUUUAAUGUGUGGAAUUUGAAGCCGGCAUUAGAAUUGGUAGAAGAAUGGGAAAAGGAACUAAAUGAAGAUACAGAGGAGAAUUCUCAGUUAAUGAAGUUUAUUUAUAGAGAAUUGCGACGGACACCAGUACGAUCACGAACAAACUAUCAAGUUUCUCGAUUUUCUCCUCGUAUCAUGAAGAAAUUGCUUUCUAGUCGUGCAAUAAUGUAUCCAAGUUAUUUACCUAAAAUACCUUUCGCUAGCCAACGAAUAAGUUUUCAAUGCUUUGCACCUGCUGAAUCGAUCUUGAUUGCAAUGGGUUUGGAAAGAUAUUUAAAUGACGCUUUGGUAUCAAAACGAACAUAUCGUCGUGAAACAGCAAUGUCAAUUGUUUGUCAGCGUAUUUGCAACACCUUGAUCUAUGGAAAGAAGUUUAGACGCUUGCGAGAUCAUAUAAGUUAUUUGAGAAAAUCAGACACGUAUAAUCCCGUUAAGUAUUAUUUUGAACAUCAAAAAGCACCACCAGUUGAACAUAAUCUAAUAUGGAUAGACUUUUCAAAUGUAUUGCCGCCAAAUCAGAGAAUAGCUGAAUUGCCUUUGGUAUGGCAGGACUUUCUUCAUGUGCUUAAUGCAGGUGGCAUUAUAAACAAUACUUAUCCCGAAAAUAACAUUAGUUACGUCAAAGAAAUAACAGGAGAACAAAUCGAUUUCCCAUCGACCAAAUUUUCAAACAGGUCUGUAAAAUGGUCCCAGAAACAACCAAAAGUCGAAAAAGAAAAUGAAACUCCUUCUGUGACGAUAAAUAUAAAUUAUAUGUUUGGUCAAGCUCCAGAAAUAUUUCCAGUUUUUAAUGAAAGCCAUCAAAUUGCCAAUAACUUAUUGCCAUUGCCUGAAAAUCCACCCGAAACUAACAUUUCUCUUUGUCAAUCGCCACUGAAAAACACUACAAACACAUCGACUACCACAACUCCAGAACGACAAAAGAAACUUACUGAUUACUUUGCAAUAAAAGCAAAGGAAAACAUCAAUAAAUCCCUUGAAGACAGUCGAGACAAAUCAUCUCGAACAAAAACAACAACAAAACGAAACAAAUCUAGAUUUAGUUUGAAAACAAAAUAUUCUAGUUGUUACUUUAGCAAAAAGCUUCAAUUAACUGCAAAGAAAUUUCGCUCAGCAAAGAAUCUACAAAAACGAUAUGAAAAUCUUUUGUCAGUCUACAGACUGAAUUUGGAAAACGAAUUUCUUAGCUAUAAGCAUCGUGGGCUUCGAUCUAUCUUUCGUAAUUGUAAGGCACUUGAGUUGUAUACGAAUUUGUUGAGAGAUUUAAAGAUGAAUUGUAAAAAGGCUAAACCGUCUGAUGAGAUGGGAGGAGUUGGCAAUGGUAAACGAAAAGCAACUGAAGAGCAAGAAGUUCCGAAAAGUCGCAAGGCCAAUAGGCAAGAGGAAAAUUUGAGACACAUGUUGUUGCCAGAUAGUGCAGAAGAUGCCAAUCGAAAAGAUGCAAUUUAUGCAUUUAAUUUUUAUGAGAAGGUCGAGGAAGUACUUAAGCAAUCCAAAAGGCCAGAAGACUGCAAGAAAUUCAAUUACAUUUUGAGAUCGUUUAAUCCAAAGAAGGAUAAAGUUUCUGAACUGUAUUAUAAAUUAGAAAAACUCUUUGUCCCAGAUCAUCCAGAACUCGCGCAUGUAUUCCUUACCUUUCUCUUGCCCCAUGAAGCAGCUGCAAUUGGCAAAUUCUUUGAGCAUUUUAUGUACACAAAUGCUGGAACGUUUUUCAGCAAAUUAAAUGUUUACUUUAACAAGCAACCAGCACAAAUAAGAAAAAUCUAUGCUUGCAUAAGUGAAUUAUCUAACGAUCCCGAUGUUAAUGUUGAAAAGAUGAAAUCAAAGAUUUUUCCACUUCUCAAGGGAAAUACAUUUCUUAUUGAUUGGUUUACUCAACUAUUCUCAUCAGAACCACCUCCAGAUAGUCUUUACAGUUCAGCAGAAAACACCAAUAUGAAAGAAGUUGUUUCGAAUCAAGCUGGCGAUUAUAUCGAAACACUUCAUCCAAAUGAUCUUCUUGAUUCUCCCACAGAAUCACAAACAUGCCAACUCAGGUACAUAAAUGGAAGAAUAUUCUAUGGAACAAAAAUUCCAUUGCCUGCUAAGCUAUCGUUUAUUGCGAAAAGCUAUCAAGCCGAUGAGCUAAAUGAAUCACUUGAAGAUGAAAAACAUACACCGACUGAAAGUGGUUGUGUUCAUGGUAUUCGGGAAUAUGGAGAGAAAAGACUUUCUGCAUCAAUAAACGAUUGCAGUAGUGAUGAUAAUGAAAAAUCCGAAGAGGAGGAUUUUAAAGCUAUCUUGAAUGACAUAAAUGAAAACGAACAAUUUGAGAUUUGUGAUGAUGUUACGCUGCGCGCUCAUGCAAUACGUCUCAAUCCCUCUUAUUAUUCGAAUGAUUCUUUCAAUACCUCCAUAAACAAUCUGCCAAGUAGUUGUCAUCGUCCACUAAAGUUGACAUCAUCAUCAAUCGAAGAUGGAAAAGGGUCUCCGCGAAAAAUAUACAAGGCAAGUCCAUCAUCAACAAUUACAAGUGGUGUGGCAGCAUUUAAAGAAAGACGCAAAUCUCCAAAGAAAAAUUUGGUAAAAUCUCCUAUUGCAGCAUGCAAACGACCGGCUACUGAUACGCCCUCUACCAAGUCUAAUGCCAUAGCCACAGCAAAGAAACUUAAGAAUCUCAUCGAAGAAGAAUCUAUUUCCGAUCCUGAUGGAGCAAAGAAAAAGUUGCUUCCAAAAAGAAAAGAAGAUGAUUCUAAAGCAAAUGAAGAUUCACAAAUUCAGGCGACAAAAGAUGAUAUUAGACUGUCGCCAAAGAAAGAAUUUAUAAAACUUGAAGUUGUUACACAACCUUGGACACGUGAUGAGGACAAGGUGAUUCUUGAAGAAAUUAAAUCAGGAUUCAAGGAUCAGUUGUUGUAUGAAAGAAUUAAUUCAAAAAUAAUUAAUCGAAGUUUGUUAGAAAUUGAGGAACGACAUAAGUUUUUAAUGGAUUUUCUUUCAAAGUUGCAAAGUAGUAAAUAGAUUAACAAAACGUUACUUUAAAAAAAGUAUUCAUACAUAUAUCCAUACAAAUUUAUAUUUUUUUGUUUAUAACAAAUAUUAUUUACUCGUAAGGCUGUAGAUUUAUGUUAUUUAUAUUCAUAUGAAGUUAAUUUUAAUACAAAGAUCUUUUAAUUCAUUCACAUCAUUAAAUUUAAAAAAAGAAAGUGU